AUGGUAUUCACAAAAGCACUGUGUGUUGUGUUGCUUCUAUUCGCAACAAUCUUUGGCGAAAAUCAACGACUGGAAAACCAUUUCAAUUUGGAAAAGAGAGCACCAAAACUGCCAAAGGGUCGUUAUGAAACGGUCGUGCGAGAUACUGCACGAGAUUUGAUAGACCGGGCUCGCUAUAUUACUGGUGACAGUAAGUAUAAGGGAAAUUUAUACCGAUCAAAAACUAUAGGACUGGAUAAAACAUCCUUUCGAAUUCAACGAGGAGAUAUUUUUAAAUAAGUAAAGGCAUAACUUGUGUUAUUGUGUUACGGUACGAUGACUCAGAGGUUAAAGUGGACUGAAAACGGCCUGAAUAUCUUAUAAAAACAAAUCGAUUGGGCAUGUAAAUCAGUUUCACCAUAAAGCAAAUGUCAAUUCCUAUGUACAGCAACUCAUGUACCUUGCGCUUGUGAAACGUUUUCUGACACGUUUGGUAACGUGUAACAUGCACAGUGGCCCACAAGUGCAAUGCACAAAACAAAAUCCAAGAAUACAAAACUCCAUCAGUCCAGUACACAAAACUCAUUUCCACAAUGCGAAACUCAAUUCCACUACAAAAAACUCAAUACCACUACACAAAACUCAAUUUCACUACACAAAACUUAACUUUACUACACAAAACUCAAUUCCACUGCAUAAAACUCAAUUCCACUGCACAAAACCCAAUUCCACUAUACAAAUCUCAAUUCACGAUAAUCCACAACUUUCGCGGGAAAGUGACAUAACCGCCACUGAUGUUUUUUACUCUAUCAUUUUACAGUACUUAAAACGCAUAAAAACUAAUGCGUGCAAAGUCGAAAACACUUGAAGUUCAGUAUUUGUAAUUGACGUUAAUUGAAAGCUUUUUUACAUUAUUAUUCGUUAACUUGACUUUCCACUGCUUCCUUUCUUUGCGUAAGGUUGUGAUGACGGUAAGGUGGAGUAAAAAAUUAUCAGUAGCGGUCAUUCCAUUUUCCCGCGUUUUCUGGCGAAAGUCCUGACUUGUGUAUCGUGAACUGAGUUUUGUGUACGUAGUGGAAUUGAGUUUUGUGUACUGGAAUUGAAUAUUGUGAAUUGGGUUUUGUGUAUUGUGAAUUGAGUUUUUUGUAUUGUGAAUUGAGUUUUGUGUAGUUGAAUUUUAUUUUGUGAAGUGGGAAUUUGUUUUGUAUAGGGGGAUUUUGAUUUGUGCAUUGCACUUGUGGGACACCGUACUCAUGGCACCCAUCCGUCAUGACACUCCUCGCAAACAGAUAAGUGAUAUAGACAACAUUUUUUUUUUUUUUCAAUGCACUAAUAGACAAUUCACAUGCCUACUUAUACUAUUGUUCUAGUUUACAGAAUCAUAGAAUGGAACAAACUGUUAUCUAAGCUCGAGUAUUAUAUGUAUAGGAGUCAUUGUCUUAUCUACGGUGGAAUUUUCUACAUACAAGUUAGUUACCUUUGUUCUAUUCUAUUGUUCUAUUCUAUUGUUCUGUAAAUAAAAACUGAUCGAUAGAACAAUAGCAACUAUAGUAGACAUGUGAGUUAUGCUUUGAAAUGAAUGUAACUGGAACGUUACAUCUUCCCGGAAACUUGAAGCCGAACUUGAAGGCCAGUCCCAAUCUUUUCACACAUGCCAAGGACGCUUAAUCUGUCAAUCGUGACGUAAAGAAACGUGUCUUGACCUCCAGACACGCGUAUAUGUCUGGAGGUCAAAUUUGUGCUCACGAAAAACAUAUUCUGUUUAUUUGAAAGUAGCUUUCCAGUUUUAUUCAAUUACAUGGAGUUACCUAUAAGGUUGUGAAUUGGGUGUGAUUAAUAACCAACCGUAAAUACUCAAUGUACCUUAGCAGAUCAGUACACGGUGGUCAAUAGCAGCUAAUGACUUAAUCAUUUAUGCAUAACGGAUGUUUUCAAAUCAGUGGAUAUUUAUUCUGCAUUAUACUUUAUUACAUGUCUAGAGUGUUUUUAUUAAUAAUUACUGACGGUCAUAAUAACAUAUUGUUUUUACUCUGCAUUAUAUCAGCGAAUGUCGAGAAGUUCUAGCGUUCUUCUGAAAAACGGGAGCGGUCUUUUUUGAUUGUAGGGAAAUUCCUAGGGGUUAAUGUUUUAUUAAAAUGUUUUAUUAAAAAUAAUCCAGCGUGCACAUAGCGUUAUUGAGAGUAAUGCCGCGUGCACACGGCGUUAUUAAAAAUAAUGCAGCGUGCCCACAGCAUUAUUAAAAAUAAUGCAGCGUGUAUCAGUGCACACAGACAUUAUUCGCAAUCCUUCGUCAUCCUGACAAGUACACGCGAUAACGUGAACAUCUCAAGAUGAGAAGUUGACAGUGCUAAAGGCCCCUCAUACAAUAUCAUCGGGCGGCUGAAGCACUGCCAAGACGGUCCCUGUGAGUCCUUUCAGCUCAACUUUAUAGAAAAAUAAUUUCGUUUGCGCUUGUGGGAUUUUAUCCUAAAUAUACGCAUGUGCAGAACACAUCAUAAGUUCUAUUCCCGUGUUUAUCCAGUUUAAUACGCUCUUUGAAUUAACCUUAUCAUUAAUGAUAAUAUGUAAACUAGAACACUAUAAUUGACCUCCGCUUGUGAAGAUUUUAAUUUAGGGCGAUUAAUUAAACUGAAAUUUGUUCUAUCACGAUGCAUUACGUGCAUGUCCUCACAAAUGUCUAGUAUAACGUUGGAUAUAUUCAUUGUCAUACGGUCCCAACAAGCAGCAGCGUAGUCUUUCAGCCGAAAAUAAUUACUUUUGAUUCGGGUUUGGCCAAAUAGAUAAUUACUUUAAUAGAUUUAAUACACAUUAAUAGAUAAUUACUUCGGCCAAACGGCAUUAUUCGAUAUAUUGCAGCCAGCUUCUGCCUUCGGCCUCAGCUGGCUGCAAUAUAUCGAAUAAUGCCGUUGGCCUCAGUAAUUAUCUAUUAAAGAACAACUAAUGCUAAUGUCGUAUUCAAUUAUAAUUGUCCGGAAAGGUGGAGUGCAUGUUGUUACCAGUCCAGAGUGUGUUACUUAUCCACCUGCACGCAACUACGCUUCCUAUACCCAUAACAGAGAAGACUUUUUAAAACUCUUUCAUGGUCGACAAAACCGAAAUACAUUCAACUUUGAAUGAGUUUAGUGAUACGCUAUUACAAGGUUUACUGUCCAGCCCACAUAAUAAAUCGUGAAUCUCAAGAUUUUCAUAAUGCAAUUCACUUUUUUCAGAUGGCCAACUUGGGUUUAUUUAUAUACAACGCGCGGAUACCAGUAGAAGUUACCUAACACCAGAAGUUGAAGGGACACUAAAAGGUCGUCGGAAUUCUAGGCAGGAUUUAGCAAAUGGUCAACUUUAUCCACCUCGGCCACGUCGAGGCGACAACACCAAUUUCAGAAUGAAUUUUCGUGCACGUCGGCCCGGUCCCGAUAUUCCAAGAGAGCACACCGAGCAUAGACUAUUAACCAACAAUGGACUGAAAAGUAUGGUGGAAUAUACGAAGAGCAUAACGAAGCGCAAAGAGUGUCCAAAGUACGUAAUUUUUCAUUCCAAUUUACUGCCGUGCAUGCGUAACAAGGAAACUAGCCCUCGACGUUGCCUUGACAUGAUUGGCAAGGAAAGAUAUAAACUCAGACAUUAUUGCCGCGGGACAGAGUUUUACCUUCAUACUAUCCAAGAUGGACCAAGACAAAAUCAACGACCAGAAGAAAGUCAGAAAUAUUAUGACAGAUUUAUAAUGUAUAUUAAAGAUCGGCAAAUUUUCUGGGUAAAUUCACGAUAAGGCACAAGUAACAAGAUUAUUUGGAACAAUAAUGAUUCAAACUUAUCUCGUAGUACUAGACAUUUGAACGAAGUAUUUGUUCGCAUUUUGUAGUAUUAGAAGACAUUUGAAUGGCAUUCUACAGUUGUAGUUACAUAGAUACAUCAAAUAAAGGCAUCGCAUGC